UCUAUUUCUAUUUCGUCGUGAAUGGCUGCGACUCGCUUUUUUCUUCUUGGACAGAAAAUGAAAGAAAUUAAGAAGCUAAAUUGAUUGUGAUACAAAAAAAUAUUUAAAAGAAAUCCUUUGAAAGGAAGCGUUAACAUGGAAAGUGAUAAAAUUUUGAUGGCAGCUGGCGUCACGGUCGCUGCUGUCGUUGGAGCAUUUGUUUUUUGGGGACCAAGUGGUUCGGGAUCUUCACGUUUACGUCAGCGUCGUGGCCAAAUUGCUGGAUUACACAAUUUUGGCCAGACAUGUUUUCUUAACACACUUCUGCAGGCAUUUGCAGCAUGUCCACAAUUUAUUGCUUGGCUACAAUUGUAUAAUAAUGCUACACCAGAUAAAAAGAGUUUGAUUAGCUCUUUGCUGAAUACACUGGAGGUCAUCAAUGGCACUCACACCACCUUAAGGGGAGAUCCCUAUUCGCCCGGUGCAGUGUUGCGGGCACUCAACGCAUUGGGUUGGGUAAUACCCCAGGAAGAACAUGAUGCCCAUGAAUUGUUUCAUGUUAUGCUUUCAACACUGGAAGAGGAGGCACAUCGUCCCAAACAAGUUGGGUCAUUGUCAGAUGCAUUGCCCGAAGAUGGUCGAGGUGAUGCACCCAAUCGACCAUCGAGUGCAAUGUUAAGUGAUUUUCUUAAUGCCGAUUACGAUGAAGCCACCGGCUUGUCGCGAAUGGUACGCUCGGAAGCUCAUACACCAGAUUCCCCAUCGUCGAUAUGUGAACGUGAUUUACAUGCAGAACAUAUGCCGGUAGCAUCCACACCCACGGAAAUGAUGGAAGUUGAUUUUGUCAAACCAUCUUUAAUGAUGGCAAAUGGUCGUCCAAGUCGUUCACGUGACAAUCUAAACAAACGUAAUUCGGGUUCAUGUCGUUCAUUGGAGCGUUUAACAAGAGGUCCCGGAAAAGUUUCGAUAUGGUCAGAUCAAAUGCCAACACAAGUGCAACAUCCUUUUAAAGGUGCCAUGGGAACACAAAUUGUUUGCAAUGGCUGUGGAUUUAAGUCUGCAGUACGUUAUGAUAAAUUCGAUAGCAUAACAUUAAAUCUACCACAGCAACGACGAUCUGGACUUAGUUUGGGUCAUUUAUUAAGUGACUAUAUCACAUCUGAAGAUGUCACCGGUGUCAAAUGCGAAUCAUGUAAUGAGACCACAACACACACCAAAUCAUUGACAUUUGCAAAACUACCAGCAUGUCUGUGCAUUCAUAUAGCCCGCACCGUUUGGCUGCCUACUGGCCAAGCAUGUAAACGUCAAGAUUAUGUACAUUUUCCUGAAAGUUUAUCCAUGGCUCCAUAUAGUUUUGUGCAGCCCCAUCUUAAUAGUCAAGCGGGCACUCCAUGGGGUUCCACAAUGUCAUUGUUUUCUUCUAGUCUACCCAUGAAUAUGGGUAAUGUCAACGAUUCAUAUGGAACACCAUUUGGUACAAUGUUUCCACGUAAUCUGUACCGUCUAUUGGCUGUUGUGGUUCAUUCGGGUGAGGCCCAUUCUGGGCAUUUUGUCACCUACAGGAGAGGAGCUUUGCGUAACAGUCAUAGAUGGUUUUAUACCUCCGACACUGUGGUUCGCGAGGUAUCCAUUGAUGAAGUCUUAAGUGUACCAGCCUAUUUAAUAUUCUACGAUCGUAGUCCCCAAAGACCUUUGCGAUAAGAACACAUGUUUAAAACUGGAUCUCAUGCCUAAAACAUCUUUUUUUACUAUAUUACGACUUUCUUAUUCAAAAAAAAAAGAAGCUUACAUCUGUUUAAAAUUUAAACACCAAAAUUUCCCCCGAUGAAACUACAAAACCAAAAGAAGAUAAAAUGCAUUUCAGCCCUGCUCCUAUUCAACAAUAAUAUAAAUAUAUAUUUUUUUGUAUUUUGGUGAUACAAAAGCGUAAAAAAUUGCUAAUACUUUCCCCCCAGUAAACAUGAGUUAUUGUUGGUAAUAGCGAGAGAGAGAGUCUAGAUCUUCACAGAUGCCGUAUUUAUACAUGAAUGACAACAACAAAUUAUAAGCUCGUUCAUAAUAAGCGUAGUAUUUAUUCUGUCAUUUAAUAUAAAUGUUUUUUCAAAUAAAAAAUAUUUCCCAAAAAAAAUUAUAUAUAAAUUUAAAAUAAAA